AUGACUUUUGUUCCAAGAAAAACGUUUCCCAACUAUAAUAUACCUUUAAAUAACUUCAAGGGCCAUCACCAAAAGGCACUCUCAAAGUUUGGCCAUCUUGCACCUCAAUUAGAUUUGAUAUUGGAAGUGAGGGAUUCCCGUGCUCCGAUUUCUACAACUAAUGUUUUAUUCGAUAAAGUGUUACCAAGCAAGAAGAAGCUUAUUCUUUAUAGCAAAAAAGAUUUAUCUAUCUUGAAACCCAGGCUACUAGAAAAGUGGCACAAGCUGAAGAAUGAACAGUAUAUGUUUGUGGAUUGUCGAAGUAAGCGUGACGGUAAGAAGAUAAUUACCGAAAUCAAGAAAUUAUACGAUAGUAUGGAGACACCACCUCCAUUAGGAUUGAGAACUAUGAUAAUUGGGAUGCCUAACGUAGGAAAGUCAUCGUUGGUAAACACAUUGCGAUAUGUAGGGUUAAGUGAAGGAGAAAGUGCAAUUUCCACAAAAAUUAGGAAAGUGGCUAGAACCGGUGGUCAGCCUGGAGUAACAAGAAAUACUAGUGAAAUCAUUCGUCUUUCACGUGAUCCUGAGAUUAUGGUAUAUGAUACACCAGGAGUAUUUUUACCUACUACAAAGAAUGCAGAAACAAUGCUUAGUCUUGCAUUGGUUGGUUGCAUUAACGAAUCGUUUAUUGAUCCUGUUAUCUUGGCAGACUACUUGUUAUACGUUUUGAAUUUACAAGAUCCAACAGGAAAAUUGUACACUGAUUAUAUCGAUCAUCCAACUAAUAAUGUAUAUGAGCUUUUGGAGAGUAUUAACCAAAAGAGAAAUGUUUUAAAAAUUGAUAAAAGAUUUGAUGAAUGUGGAUUAGCAAACCAUUGGAUUAGUAAAUGGAAGCAAGGCAAAUCGCUGAAAUACCGUGGAUUAUUUGAUGUUGCGGCCAUUCAGGAGAUCAAUGUCAAGGACUUUGGUGACUUGGCCAAUGCUGAAAGAGAGCGAAUUGGUUUAUCCAACGUGCAGCAAAGACUUCAAGAUAGAUUCGGUGAUGAUGGCACGUCUACUUCUAAGCACAGAAAAAGAACUGCCAAAGACAGAGAAUUUGAUAUGAAAAAUAGACUAUUUAAACUUUAG